UACAACACGAUUGUUUUCUGCAACUACCAAUGAUCUGUCUGUAUAUGAAGCAUUAAAGUUGUUUCACUGCUGACUACUCAAUCGUAUUUCGGUCUUUUUUCCUUCCUCAGCUCGUCGCCAGUGAUGUAGUGUCUCCCCUACGAUGUCGGAACACUUCACAGUCAUUCAAGAAAAGGAAGGAGAGUUCUUUGGACCACGACAAGCGUUGAUUCAUGGCGUACGAUUAACAUUUUAUGCACCCAACAUUGAUAAAGACUUUGAGAGGGAUUUGAGUCGUUUUGAAACCCGAUCAGAGGAUAUUUAUGUGGUUAGUUUCCCAAAAUCAGGUAAGGCUAUAGACUGAGAUUGGAUCACAUUAAUUGUGGCAAGUUAAACGCAGUUAAAGUUUUACGCAGCCAACAACUAUGCAUGUAAUCUUUCGCCGUCCUGGGUGAGAAGCUCGCUUAUGUUUACAACCGAGCAAAUAAAUGCGUGCAAAGAAAACCAAUUUCCAUAAUUGAUCAAAUAAGUGCGUGAAACUGACUGAGUGCUUACAAACCUCUAUAGGAUCGUACAUCAUAGAAUGGUCGCGUGGUCCGAAUGGGUAACAACAGUCACGGCCACAGUAAGUUUAUCAGAAGGGCUAAGUUUCUAAAGAAAUUGUCGUGCUGCGUCAGUGAGGGGUAUAACAGAAUAAUUUGGUUUUAUCAACUGAGUUGAUAAUGUAAAUUGGCCAUCGUAAGGAGUUUAUAGAGCUGCCGUUUCAAAAAGUUAGCCCUUCGCUCGAACGAAGGAAUCAGCUUUACGAUUAACAAUUAACACGUCCAGCAUUGAUAAGGAUAUUAAGAGGGAUUUGCGUCGUUUUGAAACCUGUUCAGACGAUAUCUAUGUGGUCAGUUUUCCAAAAUCAGGUAAGGCUGUAGAUCGAUCCUUUCGAUAGGCCACUUUGCUUCACUUCGUCGCCAAUUUCUUUUACAGUGCAGUCUUUUGAGUGCUGAUUUAUUUGUUAAUAGGGACAACUUCGGCAAAAAAAUAGAAAUUUUGUCUACAAGACGUCCGCAAUUUUUGAAUCAUUGUUUGGUUGCCAUGUGAACUUUAAUAUAUUUUACAUGGUUUAGCCAUUUUAAACCGCAUGAACUCAUAACUUAAAAGGUCCUUAGGGAGAGUAAGUAAAACAGCUUAAUUUUUACAGCAAACCAAAUCACUCCGUAUAAUUGAUAGAGUAGCUCAUGUUUACAACUGACCAAAUUAGCGCGUGCAAGAAAUGCAAACCGCGGACAACGAGAUCUGAACUAAACUUUCUUUCCUUUUUUCAGGAACAACCUGGGUGCAAGAAAUUGUCUGGCAAAUAUUCAACGAUGGAAAAAUCAGCGAAGAAAGGAUGGAAAGUCGCCAUCCCUUUUUGGAAAAAAAUCAGCUUUUCGAUAGGCCUAGAGACGAGUCAGACGGGCAGAAGGUCUCCGUGACUUCCCCGCUUAAUUAGGUCACAUCUUCCUUACCAUGUGAUUCCAAUGAGUAAAGAGGAGAGCAAAAGAAGCAAGUAUAUUUACGUGGCAAGAAAUCCAAGAGACGUUGCUGUUUCAUAUUAUCACUUCGUCCUAAGCUUUGGCCCUAAUAGUUACUUUAAUGGGACGUGGGAGUUCUUUGUAAAGUUGUUUCUUGAGGGCAAAAGUAAGGAUUUUUAUUCGUUGGAAAUAGUUUUCGCUGUAAGCUAAGCGGAAGUUUGACGGCAUUACAAGCUCGCCUCCUACUGUAUCUGUAAGUUCGCUACUUGAGUAAAAACAAGCUCGCUCCCACCUUUAUCAGUUCGCCACCAAAUCUUUCAAAGGUACGAUGAUUUCGACGGCAAACAAUGCGUUCUGCCUCAAGGAGACGUGUUGAACGAUUUAGUUUCUAAAGAAAUUGUGGGGCUGCUCCGGUGUGGUAGUAUAUAACAAGAAAGUUUAUUUGUUUUUAUCAACUGAGUUGAUAAUGUAAAUUGGCCACCGUAAAGAGUUUCAAAGCUCACUUUUCGCACGUUAGCCCUUCGUCAGAGCAAAAGACAAGCCAUUUGCCAUUCGCUCAGACAAAGGGCUAACGCGCGAAACGUCAGCUUUGAAACUCUUUACGGUAGCCAAUUUACAUUAUGAACUCGGUUGAUAAAACAAAAAUUAUCUUGAAAGGUUUAGGGGCGAGCUGGAAAAGGUAGGUGCAAACCUGUGUCACUUCAGGGGGCGAACUCGCAAGGGAAGGUAGGAGAGCGAACUUGCAAUGGGGUGAAACUUCCAUAAACCGUUAGACAUCUGUGAUCAAAUGAAAUGAUUGUAAAUUUGAAUCAUUUCCUGCAGAUUCAUAUGGCUUUUGGUCUGAUCACGUGCUGCCCUGGUGGAAACACAGAGAUGAACCUCACGUCUUAUUUCUCAAAUAUGAAGAUUUAAAGAAGGUGAGCUAUUUUCAUGCUUUACUCAUCUUUGUUUUAGUUGGACUACAAAUACAUAAGAUCAACCUUCACUAGUCCGACCAUUAUAACGCGAAUCCGAGACUGCUAUCAGUAAGGAAGCAGAUAUUGCGCAACCAUAAAACCCCUCUAAAUAAAUAGUGAGUAGUUGCACAAGUCUAAACUUGUAAUGAUUUCCUUAAAAACCCAUUUACCUUUCAGGAUCUUUGUGGUAACGUUCGACUAAUCAGUGAAUUUCUCGAGAAGCCACUUUCAGAUGAAAUGAUCCGCAAAAUCGCCCACCAGUGUACGUUUGCGGAAAUGAAGAAAAACUCCAACUCUUAUGUCAUUUCGGCAUAUGCCACACAGCAAGUUACAAAACGUAAAUAUAAUUCUUUUUGGUGCCUUUCUGGGUGCCACCGAUGCCUUUUCCGAUACCUCCAUUGUUUAUUACAGUAGUAAAAGAUAUAUGUGCAAUCAGCACUUUUGAAAUAUUGCUUAACAUUUCAUUUAGCAGAGUACACUGUUAACGUUUCGGCUUUAUAAGACCUUUGUUUUCCGCAACUAUAAUUGAUAUGUCUCUACAUGAGGUAUUAAACUUGUUUACCCGCUGACCACUCGUAUUUCAUUUUUCAUAACAGUUAUUCUUCCCCCGCUCGUCGCCCGUGAUGUAGCAACUCUCGAAAUGGUUUAGCGUGACGACAAAUGGUUUAGUAAAAACCGAAAUGGUUUAGUGUUACAGCAGUUGGUUUAAGCUGUAACCGCCAAAAAUAUAAAAGUGAAAUGGACAAAUCAAGCUUGAAAUGAAACAGUUUAUGUGGAGUCUUACGUAACAACCCUUACGUCAUUCAGAUCGAAUUUGGCGCGAAAUUCACCAGAACGAUCGCGUUAAUGAGGUAUUCGCCACGUCGUACACUCGACGUUCAACACAGGAAGAAAUUAUUUCUGUAGCCUCGUCUACUAGACUCAGCGAGCCUUAUUCCGGUAAUAGUCAUUUUUUAUGUUUGCCUAUUAUCGCUUGUUAGCGAAUAAAUUUAUGCCCUCGUCAUCUUACCGCAAUAUCAGUAAGUAAAUGAUAUUUCGGAUGAAACCGUUUUCAGUAGCUUAAUAAUCAGUUAGUAAAAAUGAAAGUAAACUUAAGUUUAUAUUUCACAAUAAAGUCUCUUCUUAUUGUUUCAAACCAUACGUUUUUUAAUCUCCAAUUGUUAUAGUUUGUUAAAAUUAAGGAAAGCCGCAGCUAUCGGAAAUUUUAUCCUGAGGUCGUAAAGUUUCUAAUAGUUGCGGCUUAACCAUGUUGGGAGUUCAAAUUGCCAUUAGUCAGUUUCAAAUUGUUCUUUUCAGUUUCUUACCGUGAAAACUGCCGUUCUUUGAAUAGAUAAUUCUUACCGUGGUUAUUCCUAACCAUGGUAAGAAUUCUCCAUUUUACUACCUCAAGAUAAUAUCAGAAUCUGAAACAAAAGGAAUGACAAAAAUACAGAUAGAAUGCAUCAUUUUACGCGACAGUACACUUACAGUCUAGACAGUCAGAACCAUAGCUAGAAAACGUGAUAAAGCGAUUUGUUUUAAGACGACGAAACUACAACUAAAGGGCGCCUAAAAACUAUAAAACUAUAUAGUUAAAAACUACAUAGUUAUAUAUAGUUUAUAGAGAAAACUGCUGUACUUUAAAUGGAGAAUUCUUACUAUGAUUAGGCGUGACGGUAUCCGCCGCUUUCGCCCCCUAUCGAGUUCGCCCCUUCGAGUUCACCCCUACCUUAUACCGUGUUCGCCCCCACACUUUUCGAGUUUGACCCCAUCAAGUCGAGUUCGCCCCUUGAUUGAGUGAUAUCCAGAUGAGUUGAUUCGUAAGUUGAUGAGUAAAUUCUUCAGUCUUAAUUUUAUAACUAAAGCUAAACGGGUACAAGUCUAACAACUUAAGCAAUGCUGUCGCGAUGAAAGCGUGGUUCGCAUCUUCUCAAGUCUGGUUGUUACGAUCACCACAUUUCGUGUUCGUUAAAUAAACCGUGUGGUUCUCUUUAUCACAAGUUCAGUGUAUACAGUUAUUUCUGGUAACCCCAGAUCCCACGCAGAGUAUUUAGUUGAUUCCGUCAACCAGUUCCCAAGCAGGUUCCACGCAAUUGCCGAAAUUCCAAAUGGUCGUCGCUGACGUGACAUUUGGCACAUUCUGCUAGUGCCUUCGUCACAAAUCAACUCAUCUGGAUGUCACUCAAUCAAGGGGCGAACUCAACUUGAUGGGGUCGAACUCGAAAAGUGUGGGGGCGAACACGGCAUAAAGUGGGGCGAACUCGAAGGGGCGAACUCGAUAGGGGGCGAACGCGGUGCAAUUCGGCGUGACCAUGGUAAUGUUAAACGAUAAAGAUAGAACUAUAUUUAACCUGAAAUAUCGUAAAGGCUUCCUUACAUUGGUGUUGGGAAAAAGAAUGGAAAUAUUAUAUUACUUUAAGCCAUUCGAUACAAAAAUUAUAAUAAGACAGGUUGAUUAUUUCUUAGGUAUCCGCCGCUUUCGCCCCCUAUCGAGUUCGCCCCUUCGAGUUCGCCCCUACCUUAUACCGUGUUCGCCCCCACACUUUUCGAGUUCGACCCCACCAAGUCGAGUUCGCCCCCGGAUUGAGUCAUGUCUAAAUUAGUUGCUAUCGAACAUUGCAAACAAGUUAGAACCAAGACAAGAUUUGAAUUUUAAUUGACCGACGCAUUCUCUCAAGACGUGACAUUUGGAACAUUCUGCUAGUGCCUUCGUCACAAAUCAACUCAUCUGAAUAUCACUCAAUCAAGGGGCGAACUCGACUUGAUGGGGUCGAACUCGAAAAGUGUGGGGGCGAACACGGCUUAAGGUAGGGGCGAACUCGAAGGGGUGAACUCGAUAGGGGGCGAACGCGGUGCAAUUCAUUUCUUAUUCCUUUUGGCGGUCUCAUCUAAGUACAAUUUCUUUCACCUUUUUCUUAUUGCGGUUGUGAAUUUGGUACGGAAACAGUUGCUCCGUUUCUACGGUGAUUAAAUCUUGUACUAUUUUGUGAUAAGCUAUGUUUUUAAUUAUGUAAAUUUUCUAGUUGUAAAUCUUUCUGGUAAAAGUUAACCUCGCGCACUCCUGCUUCUUAUACAAAUUCUUAGUCAAAUUCUUAGUCAAAUUCACGAUUCCAGAAUAUUUCUUAAAUUUUUAAAUAAACACCUUCAACACCUCUUCUUAAAGGUGACUCUGAUUGUAAAUAGCUUAUGCUUUUUCAUUUCCGCACUGAAUUUGUAAUUAUAUAACUUAUGCGAAUAGCGCGUAGUUUUUUUGGGGGCGGUACCUUAAGUACGCCCCUUCUUCUCCGAAUUUUCUGUUUACUCUGUUGUUAUAUAACAAUCUUCUAAGGCUAUUUUCUCGUAAACUAUCUUUUCAAGCGUAAUUUCAAUUCUGCCAAUAGGUUAAUUAUAAUUUUUAUAUUAUCAAUCUUGUCUUUGUUCUGGCCGAUCCUAACCGUAAAAUUAAGAAAUCUAAGGUAGAAGAUGAUUUUGUGAUUGCGUAAACAACUCGAAGGCGCAUACUUAGUAUGCAGGAACUGCCGUAGGUACUCUAACGUGAUUCGCUGGCUGAAACGGAGCGAUCGCAAUGUAAGAAGAUUGACAGCUUAGAAGUGUCAUCUUUGGUGUCACCUUUAUAAGCUGGUGAACAGCAUCUUUCAAUCAGGGAAUAUAGCAAAGUAAAAUAGUGUGGACUUAUGUCGAAAGGAAUAAGUUGAACUGUGGUGAAUAAGAUCAGUACUGGGCUAGUCCCCGAAAGUAAGAAUUGUACUAAGAGUUCAACUAGAAAAUAAAGGAGAUUCAACCGAGUGUUGGAGAGAAAUUCUUCUAAAAGUAAUAAUUCACCAUUUUAACUACCUCAAGAUAGAAUAAGAAUCUGAAACAACCGGAAUGACAAAAAUACUGAUAAAAUGCAGGAUUUUACGCUUCAGCACAUUUAAAGUCUAGACAGUCAGAAUCACUGCCAGGAAACGUGAUAAAGCGAUUCACUGUUUUAAGACGACGAAACUACAAUUAUAGGGCGCCUAAAAACUAUAAAAGCUAUAGGGUUGUGACGUAAGACCCCGCAUAAACUGUUCCAUUUCAAGCUUGACUUGUCCAUGUCACCUUUGUAUUUUUGGCGGUUACAGCGUAAACCUACUGCUGUAGCACUAAACCAUUUCGGUUUGUACUAAACCUUUUGUCGUCACGCUAAACCUUUUCACUUUACGGUGAGUAGAUUGACAGGGUCGUAACAAGGUAUAUGAGAUCAGGGAUCACAGCCCCGGGAUCUGGGAUCACAGCACUUGGGAUCGGGAUCAGCAGUGUUUUAGUGGAAUCAGGGAUCAAAAUUGUGAACGUUUUUGGGAUCAGGGAUCAAAAUUCCCAAUGUUUUUGUGAUCAGGGAUUAAAAUUCUCAACGUUUUUGUGAUCAGGGAUCAAAAUUUGGGGCGAAAAUACAGGAUCAGUUAUGAAAAAAUAUACCUUGUUACGACCCUGAGAUUGAUGCGACACUAAGCCAUUUCGGCUUACGAUUAACCAUUUGCCGGUAACUUAAGCCAUUUCACACUACUCUGAACCGUUUGUGUUAAGUCACGGAACCAAAAUACAGUUAGCUGAACUGUUUGUCAUUUCGACACUGAACAAUUUCAGUUAACACUUAGCCAAUCAUGUUUUUAUUUAAUCAGUUCAACAAGGGUGGCUACACAGUUCUGAAUUGUAUAAACCAUUUUUGUUUGAAUAUUUCAUUUCACCAAAGGCGACAUGUCCAUUAGUAUUAUAAAAAAAUUUCUUGUGAUAAGAUAAACCGUUCUUGAAGAGACAAUUAGACCAUUUCUGUUCAUUACAAACCAUUUGUUAUUAUAAGUAAGUGUUGCGCAGUAGUGUAGACGUUACAAACCAAUGAUGUCGGAACGUUUCACAGUCAUCCAAGAGAAGGAAGGAGAGUUCUUUGGACCACGACAAGUGCUUAUUCGUGGCGUACGAUUAACAAUCAACGCGCCCAGCACUGGUAAGGAUCUUGAGAGGGAUCUGAGUCGUUUUGAAACCCGUUCAGACGAUGUCUAUGUGGUCAGUUUUCCAAAAUCAGGUAAGGCUAUAGAUCGAUUCUUUCGACUGGCCACUUUGCUUCACUUCGUCGCCGAUAUCUUUUACACUGCUGUCUUUUGAGUGCUGACUUAUUUGUGAAUAGGGACAAUUUCGACAACAAAAAAAAACGAAAUUUUGUCCAUAAGACGUCCGCAACACAUGCCAUUUUUGAAUAAUUGUUUGGUUGCCGUGUGAACUUUAGAGGGCAUGUAAACCCUAAAAACGUUAAUUUUAGAGAAUGAUAUAUUUUCGUCUUGUCACGAGCGUGGGACAAAGAAAUAAUUCUGAGUCCCUAUGAGGAAUCGAACCUCAGACCUUCGGAUUCCGUGCUCCAAUGUUCUAUCACUAAGCCAUAGAGACUACACGGUGUGCAAGGUCUGUUACGAAGUCCAUAUGACACAUGUCCUGCAUACUGCUAGGAUCAGCAAUAUCGAUAGCAUAAUGUUUGUAGAUAGAAAUAAGAGAGAUGGUAAGUUUUGAGCUCGGUAAAGAAAUAGAGAUGUUUUUUUUCGUCUUCUCACGAGCGUGGGACAAAGUUUUUCUUUUCACAUAGAUGUUUAGUAAAUAUAUCAAGUACACCAAAGGUACCAUUCGUUUUUUUCUGAAAAGUCCAUUUUCACUUUGUAAAAGCUCUUGCAAAUUCGAAACAUUCGCCAUCUUAAAUGGCGCCAUCUUUCCUGUGACCUGAGGGGUGGAACCUCCAAAGUUACGUUUUAUGACACGUAGGAGUCUUCUCCACAGCCAUUGUUUGCCGGUCUAGUCAUGAGUUUUUACUAACAGUUUGCUUCAAUAUAUUCAAUGUUUUCAUAAUGGUAGAAAGUUGUAUCGUCCAGUUUUGUACUGAUUCAAACAAAACUGGGCAUACAAUGCAUAGAUUUCCAAAUGACACAAAUUUGAAGCGACAGUUGGUGAACUUUGUUCAGGUGAAAAAAAAGAUUUCUAUUGCAUUCCGAUUGUACUCUUGCUUUAUUGGAUUUUCAUGUCAGAUACAAAUAAAUCAUACAGUAAAUUAAAUACCCGUCUGAGUUUCCGAAACGGUAACAUCGCUGUCAACAUGUUCUCUACAGUCCUUGUGCGAAUCCCCUUCGGUGAACCCUACGCGACUCAUAUGUUAAGGACGUGGCCGAGACUCUCCUAAAGAUUCUGGAUUAUCCCCAUCGCUGUCAUAUACUAGGUUUAAGGCAUUCGUGUCACUCUCUUCUGAAAAAACAUCGUCCAAACCACUGCUACUAAUACGUGCUGCAAUACCAAUCUUACUGUGGAAUAUGUGUUGCGCAAUAUUUUAGUUCCAACGCUUACUUCAUAAGUGUUUUCACGGGAAGUGGAAUUUCUCCCUAAUAUAAGUCGAAUUGGACAAAACAAAUCUCAAAUUCGUUUUCUAUGCCACUUUUUUCAUAGUAUAUGAAAAACAUGUAUUUUUGGGUUUACAUGCCCUUUAAUAGAUUACAUUGUUUAGCCAUUUCAAACCACGGACCUCAUAGCUUAAAAGGUCAGUAGGGAGAGUACGUAAAACAACGUAAUUUUUUACAGCAAACCAAAUCACCACGUAUAACUGACAGAAUAGCUCAUGUUUACAACCAAAUAUGACCAGAUUAAAGCGUGCAAGAAAUGCAAACUGCGGACAACGAGAUCAAUCCUUGAACUAAACUUUCUUUAUUUUUUCUCAGGAACAACUUGGGUGCAAGAAAUUGUCUGGCAAAUACUCAACGAUGGAAGAAUCAGCGAAGAAAGGGUGGAAAGUCGCUAUCCCUUUUUGGAAAAAAGUCAGCUCUUCGAUAGGCCCGGAGACGAGUCAGACGGGCAGAAGGUCUCCGUGACUUCUCGGCCCAGUCCCCGCUUAAUUAAGUCGCAUCUUCCUUAUCAUGUGAUUCCAAUGAGUAAAGAGGAGAGCAAAAGAAGCAAGUAUAUUUACGUGGCAAGAAAUCCAAAGGACGUUGCUGUUUCAUUUUAUCACUUCGUCCAAAGCUUUGAUCCUGGCAGUUAUUUUAAUGGGACGUGGGAGUUCUUCGUAAAGUUGUUUCUUGAGGGCAAAAGUAAGGAUUUUUAUUUGUUAAAAAUGGUUUUCACUGUGAGCUACGCGGAAGUUUGACGGCAUUGGGAGCUCGCCUCCUACUGUAUCUGGAAGUUCGCCACCUGAGGAAAAACAAGUUCGCUCCCACUUUUACCAGUUCGGACCAGUUCGUCCCUAAAUCUUUCAAAGCUAUCAUGAUUUCGACAGCAAAAGAAUACGUUCUGCCUUAGGGACUGCCUCGGUGAGGUAGAAUAACAAGUAUAACAAGAAAUUUCAUUUGUUUUUAUCAACUGAGUUGAUAAUGUUAAUUGGCCAUCGUAAAGAGUUUCAAAGCUCAUGUUUCGGGCGUUGGCCCUUCGUCAGAGCGAAUGGCAAAUGGUGAGUGAUUUGCUCUGACGAAGUGCUGACGCUCGAAACGUCAGCUUUACAGUAACCAAUUUACAUCAUCAACUCGGUUGAUAAAAAAUUAUCUUGGAAGGUUUAAGGGCGAGGUAGGAACAGUGGGUGUGAACUUGUUUCACUUCAGGGGGCGAACUCGCAAAGGAGGUAAGAGAACGAACUUGCAAUAGGGCGAAACCUCCAUAAAUCUUUAGAUAUCACGUUUCGGGCGUUAGCCCUUCGUCAGAGCGAAGAUAAAUGGCGAGUGAUUUGCUCUGACGUAGGGCUGCGCUGAUUUGCUCUGACGAAACGUCUGCUUUGAAACACUUUACGGUAACCAAUUUAAAUCAUCAACUCGGUUGAUGAAACAAAAAUUAUCUUGAAAGGUUUGAGCUGGGGAAGGUGGGUGCAAACUUGUUUCACUUCUCGGGGCAAACUCGCAAAGGAGGUAGGAGAGCGAAUUUGCAAUGGGGCGAAACCUCCAUAAACCGUUAGAUAUCUGUGAUCAAAUGAAAUGAUUGUAAAUUUAAAUAAUUUCCCACAGAUUCCUAUGGCUUUUGGUGUGAUCACGUGGUACCCUGGUGGAAACACAGAGACGAACCUCACGUCUUAUUUCUAACAUAUGAAGGUUUAAAGAAGGUGAACUAUUUUCAUGUUUUACUCAUCUGUGUUUUGGUUGAAUUACAAAUACAUAAGAUCAACCUUCACUAAUCCCACGAUUGUAAGGCGAAUCCGAGACUGCUCGCAAUAAGAGAGCGGGUAUUGUGCGACCAUAAAACCCCUAUAAAUAAAGAGUGAGUAGUUGCACACGUCUAAACUAGUAGUGAUUUCCUUAAAAACCCAUUUACCUUUCAGGAUCUAUCUGGUAACGUUCGACUAAUCAGCGAAUUUCUCGAGAAGCCACUUUCAGAUGAAGUAAUCCGCAAAAUCACCCACCAGUGUACGUUUGCAGAAAUGAAGAAAAACUCCAACUCUUAUGUCAUUUCGGCAUAUGCUACAAAACCAAACUUGCUUCGCAAGGGUCAGAUUGGAGACUGGAAGAGCCUCUUCAGUGAAGAAUUAAACAAGCAAUUUGAAGAAACGUUCUUGACGAAAUUGCACGGGACAGGACUGCAUUUUGACACAGAAUAACGAACAUUGAUUGGUUUUCAACUUGAAAAUCGAUUCCUUGUAAAAUGCAUUUUAGUAAUGUAGUGCUUUUCUUUGCAAUUCUUCAAGCUAUUGCGUAGCUAAGCAAAGCAAUCUCUUUUCUGUGAAGCUUCAGACGGGCACGGAUGAAGAGUAAUAUGGGUGUGGUAGAGUGACCUAAAGUUUGUACGAGGAGAGAAAGCGAAAACGUUAAUCUCGUUCCCAGAUCCUACCUUUUAACUGCAACUGAAAAGUCGGACUUUACAACCACUUGACCGUGGAGAGUCUGGAUACGAGACUAUGAAAACGUAGAG